GAGGAAGUGAGCUAUAUCCGGUGCACUGUAUGACUUCACAAACACAGCUUUUGCUUUCUGUGGACUAUAAGUCGUCAACUUAUUUCACCCCGUUUCAUCCUUUGAUCUAUUUUUAUCGUCUACCUGAAGUUUUUUAUUCAACUACAGUACGAUAAGUUCCAGCAAAUAAGAUGAAAUAUUUUCAGACAGCAUUUUGAUCAUGGACAAGCUGAAGUCAGCAAAGCAGGACGUACUUUCUUCGCAGCCUCCAGGGCCACCCACGGUGGUUGCUGAUGGUAACAGUGUUGUGACCAUCAGAGAAAUACGAAAUGUAAAAGCAAACUCCUUCUCCAUGACAAUCGAAACUGAGAGUGAUCAACGACGUCGUCCAUCUGGGAAUGUUGGACAAGCUGCCCCAGCAGAUUACAGUGCACACGAUGGCAGUGUAAUAUGUGCUGACACAAUAUCCGAUGUCACUACUGACUGCAAUAUUGAUUUCUCAGUGAAAACAUCAUCAUCAUCAUCAUCACAAAUACGUGCAGGAACAGAAGAUGAGACUCCGUCUUCCUCUCAGGGCCCUGCUGUAAAAAUUAUCACUGAGCACAAGGUGGAACUCAUUGACUGCCUGAUGGCGGAUCACUCCUUCAUUCUGCAGCACGUACAUGCCAAACAUAUCAUCACUGACAGACAGUAUCAGUAUAUAAAGCAUAUCUCACAGCCAGAAGACAGGAUUACUAACCUGAUCGAUCAGGUGAUUUGUAAAGGUCAAGAAACCUGCUCUUCUUUUCUUGAAGUUCUCAAACAACCCGAUGUUCUGAGGACUUAUCCACAGCUCAAACACAUUACAAAAAAUGGUGCUAAGUAAUGUUUAGUGCUGGGGAUAUUAAUGUAACUGAAAAACAGACAAUUGGAGGCUAAAUUUGUGGAUAUGGGGAACAACUAUACUACUAUAUCUAUCUUUUUUUUUUUGAUGAAAAUCAUGAAAUCAAUGUAUGCAAUUUUGGAAAAAUAAAAAUCCCAGAAUUACA